AAUCGGUCGUUAUUAACGCCGUCCGUAUCGUUGCUGUGUGAGCGCGUGUCGCAUGCGGUUCGCGGAUACUUGCACAAUCUCCGAGUAGGCACGGUGGUACUUUCUUUUUUCCCAACGGCCUAAAGCAUGACUCGUGCCGUUUGCUCCGCUGGCCAGCAGUUUGGCUGCUUACGCUGUCAACAACAUCAACCUUAUCACCGUGUGUGGCCGUUUCCGGCUUUGAUAUCAACGCGACGCAACAAAUUCGCACGCACUGCUUUUUCCACACCCACUACCGUGAGGUUGAUGUGUAUUUCGCCCAGCUGUGCUGUGAAACGUGAACUGGUUAAUGGAUAUUUAAGUGGGUGUUAAUUUUUUUGCGUUAUGUGCUAUGUGUGGUGUGUUUUUAUUUGGCCGUUUUGUUGCCGGAAGUUAAUGUGAGUCAUAAAUGAUUAAGCGUUUUUCGUGGCCUUGUUCGUGGUGUAUAAAAUAUCUGACUGAUUGUGUUUUUUUUUCCUGAUAUUCUUAAUCGUAUAUGUGAGAUUAUCUAUCUUGGAUUGAGUGUCCGUUGUGAUGAGUUUUUAAGUUUAUUAAAAUGCAAUUUAAUUGCAACUAAUUGGCAUAAAUGACUGAUUUUUCAAAUUAAAGACUGUAAUUUACAAAAUUGAAAAGUUGAAGGAGAAGAAGAAGAAGCAACUUAGUUGCAUUAGCGUUAUAUUUUCAAAGAAAGUCUGCGCGAAAUUAUUAAAAAUAACAACAAAAAAAAAUAAAAAUACUUUUCAAAUAAAUUAAAAAACAAAAACAAAAAAAAUAUAAAAAACUUUUUCGAACCUAGAAAAUAUAACAAUAAUUACAGUUAAUAAAAGCAAAAAAGUUCAUGUGUGAGCGAAAGAGUUAUGAAUUCAAUGCAGAAAGACAUUAUAAAAACGAAAGCAAAAGAUACAACUAUGCGGCACCUCCACGUAGGGAUUUUGUAGCGGGAACACGAAACAAGUAUCAAACACCCUCAGAUACUUAUUUCUCGCUGCGUUCUGAUCAAUCGCCGUAUUAUUCAACACAAUGGAACCAAAAUAGAUAUAAUAAUGGACCAAAUAAUCGAAAUAGCAACCAUUGGACGAAUGAUUACAAUUACAAUAAUUACAAUCCCAAUUCGAAUUACUGGCAAAAUGACCUCGGAAGAAGAAAAGAUAAUACGUCUUCACCAUAUGGUAAUGAAGUAGAUCGGAGAACUUUUAAUACCCAAAGAAAAGAUACUAACACACCGACAGCAUCUAGAACUGAGAAAAGAGCUGACCUUACAUCAGCUGUGAAUAAUAGAAAUACCAGUGAAUCACCAAAUGAUACUGGUAAAACACUGACAAAUACAACAAACACUUCUAACGAAACUGACAGCGAGAAAAUUGAAAAACCAAAAUCAACUGAAAAUAGUAAGGCUGUUGAAAAACCUAGAAGAAAUGCAGUGAGAUCGUCACCGAGAAAAAAAGUGUCUAAAACGAAACCACUUAAUGUUAAGGAUAUAACUGAAGAUAAAAGCAAAACAGAAAAAAAAAGUUCAUCAAAUAGUGUCAAGAAAAAAAACACAGACGAGGAUUCCAGAGAAAAUUCUAUAACGGACGAUAAAGGCGAAACAGAGGGGAUUGAGAAUUUUACAGCUAGCGCCUGUAGUCAAAUUGAAAAAUGUAAAGAACAAAAUACAACAAAAACUGUUAAGCAAAAUAAAACAUUAGAAAGCUCUGAUAAUAAAAAAGAAAAAAGUAAGACAAUAGAAAACAUUGCAGACCAAGUCUGUAGAGAAUCGGAAAAAAACAGAUCCAUAAAUAAAGAUUUAAAAAUUUGUGAUGAUAUAAGUGACAAAACCAGAGCAGAACCGAGUAUAGAUUUAAAUAAAGAUAUCGCUAAAGUUCAAACUACUGAAAACUCUGCAGAAGUUUCUAAAGAUGAAACUACCAAUUUAAGGUUUAAAAUUACAAAGCAAGCGAAAAAUACCAAUUUUGACAAGACGAAACAAAAAUCGAAAGUAAGUGGUAAAGAAUCCAAUAGUUCCGAUAUUAAUUUAAUAGUAGAGCAGCCUUUACAGCAAACCACGAUUCAAAAAACUAUUCCAAGUGACAUUUCAAGGUCUCUUGAACAAGAAAAAAAGACUGAAAUUUCGGAUAAGAAACAAGAAACUGACGAAAGUAUUACAUUUAUUUCGGAAUCACUUUUGGAGCAAAAGGAUAGACAAAUAGAUGAUAAUAUAAAUUCUAUAGUUGUUAGCAGUUGUGACGUAAAUAUAACGGAGACUACGACGACAGAUGUUCCCUGCAUUGACAACGAUCUCAAUGCUUCAGAUAUAUCUGAAAAUCGUGAAAUUAAUGAUGAAGAAAUUUCUAGACUCGUGUGCAGAGUUUCGCCCAUUGAGAAAACUAACCCGAAAAAACCUAAAAUCUCGAUAAUACCACUGUCGAGACUUAUACGAAACGAGUUAAUUGAAUUAACGGACGAUUCCAGUGUGACGGAAAUCGAGGACGUGCCUCCUGUAACUUUGGCCACAUUUACACCAAAUAAACGGAUUUGCCGUCCAAAUCUUGUAAAGAGACGACGAAAAAUUUCAACUUGUAGUAAUUCAAGUGGUACCACAGAAAAUCUGAUUGAAAAAGUUGCCGGUAUGGAUAAGUUUGGGAUAAAACAGGUGAUCAAUAGCUGCGGUACGCGCUUUGAUGAGGCAUUAAAGGCACAGGCCCGCAAACGGCUGCGUGAAGAAAUUCGAAGACAGCUGAAAUCAAUGAAUUUGGAAACAGCAAAGGAUGACGAAAGUGCUAAUUUCGUACCGGAUGAUAUUGUGGAUGCGAUAUGCAUACCAGAUAUAGUUUUAGAAGAGAUACGCAAAGCUUUCGGUAUAGAGAUUUUUUGUAAUAAAAGUGCAGAUGCGCUACAAGAUGCAGCUUUAGAUAUUAUAGUAUCCAAUAAGCAAGAACAAGCUACUACGAGCAAUCAAGCGACAGGCGAAGAAAGUACACCGAUGACAAUUGUUGCGGCACCGCUACAGGAAAGCAUCGUUGAAACAUCAACUGCAACGGUACAACCGAUACCAGACAGUGUUGAUGCAACAGAAAAUGUUGCGGAAAAUGACACAACGUUACAAAAUGAAAACGUUUCAGUUGAACCUGAAAAAGUGUCAGAAACAAACGUUGAAAACGCGAGCCCUAAGGUGGCGGAAACAGCAAAUCCGACUACCAAAGAAACGGAGAACAUAUCAAAUGAAAAGAAGGCAAGAAGACGCAGAAUUCCAAUGGGGCGUAAAAGUAGUCGGAAAAAAGUUAACAAAGAUGUAAUACGUGUUGAUUCGUCAUCCUCUUCGAGUAGCUCAUCUACGUCCAGCUCGAGCAGCAGUUCUGAUACUGAAUCGGAGUCUUCGGAUAAGAGCACUUCGUCUUCAGUGAAAAGACGUCGACUAAAGUUGCGUGUAGAUGCACAAAACAUUGUCGAAAGCUUUGAAAAGCUGCUACUACCCAAUUUAAGUGAGAAUUUAAAAAGUCGUUAUCACAAUAAAUUUUCAAACUCUACGUACACGCGCCUACAUUUCAUAUCUUGUAUCUGUACUAGUGAAUACAAUACCAAAAAGUUUACCAAACCUGAAAUUGCAAAAAUACAAUCUAAUCUGAAGUCCGAAGAUCGUACCGUCGCCUUAGAGUUCCUGAUGCGCGAAAUUGUCAAUGUUUUCAACAAGCAAAAAGAAGCUGCCAAAAAGGAACGUAGCAGUAACCGAUUAAGGAAAAGCACUGAAACUGCUGAUAAACCGCAUGCAAGUGAAACGCCGACAGUAGAAACUUCAAGACCACACGAAGCAAAUGACGGCGGUAUAUUCGUCGACAAAGCUAAUGGGAUUUCCACAGUGGCCGUAAAAAGUACAAGCGGUAACAGCAUUCGGAAAAGUGCCAAUGCUGCAGAAAAAGUUGAUUCUGCAAAGAAUUGUAUGCAAUCAAAGCCAAGGUCUACGACUCCUUCAACGACGCCAACGAAACAUCAACAUCAAAGUGUGAAUGGGCAAACAUUAAUGAGCAAAAGAGCGGAGGAUGGCGGUAGAGCAAAAAGUGCUGGCAAUGCAGAAGCCACCGAUAAUGCGGUUGGUGAAAGGCAUAAAACAGGCGUCAAUACACACUCCGAAGCGUGUAAUAAUUCAUUUGAAAUCAACAACACCACUAAUCAAGAAGAUGCUUUAGCAAGUGUGACGACACGUCAGCCUCCAACUGCUACCACCACUUGUGGUAGUGGAGCUUCAAAUGAGCAAGGCUCGCGUAAUAUCGCUUUCGAAAGCAUCAACUCGCGAACACAUUUGAGUGAAUCGAGUUGUUGUAGUGAAUUACAGUCUCCCACUAAUUUACGUUCGCUGCAAAGAGACCAUUUAUUCGAUAACAAAAUCAGUAGUAAUGGUGGUUCUUUAAUUGGAUAUGAAAAUGGCAUUACGGGGCUUUGUGGCAUCUCAAGCAUACCAACUUUGAUGCCAAGCUCUCUAUUUCCGAAUGUAGAUUUGGAAGCAUUGCGUCAAAAAAACAUUUUAGGUGAGUUCGUUGUGAAUAAUCUGCGGGAAUUCGAUAUGAAGUUGAUGGAAUUGCAUAAACGCAAAAUGUUCAUCGAAGAGAUGAUACUGAAAUUGCAAAAGGACAAAAUGGAAGUGGAUAUGCAAACGAUGCAAUUGCAAAAUGAGAAAUUUUUAUUACUUAACACCGCUAUGACAGCAGCUGCCAGUGAAUUGCCAACACGUGAUACAGCUAGAACAACGCCAGUAUCGCAAAAUACAGAAGCAACACCUAACGCACCUGGUACCUCAUUAAGGACAACAGCUCGUGGCAUACAAACCAACCUUCCAAACCAACGCAAACGGAGAUCUAACGGUAGCAAUGCACCGGCAGUAAAGCGAAAACGUGGUCCACGCAAACGAGGUGGCGUUCGCAAAUCAGGUGGUGCACGUAACGUUGGUAAACAACCCAAGUCUCAAACUGAUGCAGCUAACGCAGCAGCGAUCGGUGAAACGCCAGCAAUGGGUGAGGGUGAAGCUUCUCCGUGUACUGCAAUUUCCGAUUUGGAGCAAGCCUUCAGUGAUAUAGAGCCGCCGUUUGAUGGCGUGGAUAUGCCUGUCUCUACGAUUAAUGUUAGAAGCUCACUGACACAAGUACAUCUUUAUGAACGUUGGUUGGUCGCAACCGGUGAAGAUGGUCGGCUAUACCAAUUCAAUGCCAAAACUCUUAAGUUGGAAAAAGAAUUCUCCAAACACAGCGAAGCUAUUACACAUUCCUAUUUGUGUCGCGAAAAGAAGAUGCUUUAUACCACUUCACUGGAUGGAUACAUGAAGAAGACAUCAUUAGAGAACUUCGCCUUGGAUAUACAAUCCGUAUACCUGCAAGAGCCCUUACAAUGUAUUGAGGGUAAAUGGGGUUCGGCUUUUAUCGGAAGCAGAUGGGGCAACAUCUUCACUUAUGACAUUUCGUCCAACAUUUUGAACAAUUCCACAAUUUCAUCAUCUGAAGCUUCAAUAACCGCCAUCAAAGCGACUAAGGAGGGGCCACGUCGAAUUCUCAUAGUAGCCUCUAAGUCUAAAGAAAUACAAAUCCGUGACGCAUCUUCCGGACUAUUGUUGCGCACUUUGACUCUGCCCGAUGCAAUGAAAGCAUACAGUUUAUUAUUGGAUGAUGGUUCUAUCUACUGUGGCACUCAGCGGCGCGAUGUACUAAAAAUUGAUUUUACGACUGGGCAACACUUAUCCCCAUUUAAUUGCGGCAGUGGGGCAGUGUCGAUGCGACUUUAUCAAAAUAAGUUUCUACUCGUCGGUUCAUACGAUGGUUUUGUCUAUGUAAUUGAUAAGGCGAAGGAACGACAUUGUGGUCGUUAUGCGGGCUGUUCCGGCAACAUUUUAACUCUAGCGGUGAUCAGCAAUAAGAUAAUAGUAACGGCUAAGGAUAAAACUCUGAGAGUUAUUGAACUACCGCAAAAUCUCGGAACGAAACGGAAAUAGAUAAUACCUUUUGUUUCCUAUUUUUGCGAUGUGCUGAAAUUUUGCAUUUGUUGUAUUUUGGUUUAUUUAAUACAUUCUUUGGGGAGUGUAUCCUUUUAGAUUUUAGGUUAUGAUAUACAGUUUAAAGUAAUUUUUAAUGAAGUUAAUCUUUCAUUUCUGGAUAUUAAAUAUCUUUAAUUUUUUAAGAUUGUAUUAGUUAGCAUUUGAUGUAUAAUCAUAUUUCUUAUUGUUAAUAAAUUUUAAUAAUAAACUUGUUUUACGGUGAAAUAUAAUGCAAAAUGUAA